AUGGAUUCGGAGCUUGAAGGGUCGGGGGUGGCCUCUUCCUCUCCUUCAGAUUUCUGGAGCCUCCCGCUGCAGCCCUCAUGGGGUGGGUGGUUUUUUGUCAUCACUGCCUUGUUUCAUGACGCACCCCGAUGGCUUCCAGAGGCGUGCAGUGCUGCCGGUGCCUUCUGCCAGCUGCCGCGUCAUGCGGCCGCAGGCCCCUGGGCAGAACACAUACCAAUGACUGCUGCAACUCAGCAUAGAGGGGGAAAAAACGCUGCGCCAUCCCCCGGGGCUAAUCAUAGAACAGCACCCCAGACACCUCCCAACUGCAUAGAGCGGCGUUCCUUGACGACAGAGGCUCUACCUGACGCUGAACAGGAACUCCUGUCUGCCUUGCAGCACGAUUUGCUGAAGGAUCCGGGGGUCUGGGUUGCUAGUUCCCUCCAACUGAGGGAGGCUCUGGCUGCCGUGGCUUCUCUUAAUACGAAAUCAGCUACCCAUGCAUCUGAGGGCAUGCCUGUCAACAACGCUGACCUGCGUGGGGCUGAGAGGGGUCUUUCUGAAGGGCGGCAGCAGCCUUCCAGCCAGCUCGAACAGCUUGUUGCGGCAGCCGCGGGGGCACCCUUACGACGGGUGCAAUUCCUUCUGCUGGACAGGCCCUUUCAUAGGCCCUGCAAAGUGCAGAACUCCCAGCUGCAGCAGCAGCCGCAGUACCCCCAGCCGAAAUUGACGGCCAGGGCGCCGCCGAUUCUGCUGCCUCUUGUGGUUCUUCCAGAUAAGCCUGGGGAGUUCACACAGCUUGAUGCACCAGAGCACGAGAACGCUGCAUCAAGCUCUGCGCUACACAUCGAGGAGGCAAUUACUUGGCUGCACACAGUAGUGGCAGCCGACGUUGCGCUCGCUGCUUCUGUCGCUGCACGGUCCGCAUCUUCCGUGCCGGGGCUUCGAACUCCUCUUCCUGACCGUCGGUUGGGAGGCGGCAAUGCCGCUUUUAAGCUGCCUGAGAUUGCAGACGCCCUUCUCGGGUUGCUGGAGCAAGCAAUACGUUCCAUCGCGGAUCGCGUGCAGCAGCUGCCACCCGCAUCGCUGCUUCACGCAGUCGGUUUGGCGGUUCACUUGGGCUCCCCGAAGCUUCAGGGCGUCCUGCCUCCGCACAAGGUGCAGCCGCUGCUCCUGCAGCUCUUGGCUGCUGCAAGGCCUCUAUUUAUAGCCCAGCAACGCAUUCUGGACGCGCGCUUCGCUGAUGCUCCUCAAUGCACCUCCGCCGAAAGCAGCGGCUCUUCUGCACCGGAGGAAAGCAACAUGGAUGCUGUUGACACGGAUGCCCGGCACCUGAGACCUCUGAAGGGCCAAGAUGGAGGGGAGGGGGAGGGACGUGCUACGUCAUUUCUCCCUCUGCACGAUGCAGCCUUCGUCUUGGGGCUGCUGGGCUGGCUUGUGCGUCGAGGCCCCCCGUCCACACGGGCAGCAAGCUCCGAAAUCCUCGCUGCCGUUGCGGAUUGUGUAGGGGAAAGAAUUGAGGCUCUCGACGCCACGGAAGCGGCAAAUCUCAUCUUUGCGGCCUCCGGCCCUCAAGGUUGUCCGCUGGCAGCAUGGCAGGAGUAUCUGCUCUUUAUGGCAGCGCGACAUCUCCUGCGCGUUCCAAUGGAGCCGCUUCUGGCUGCGCGUGUUCUGUGUGCUCUCGCGGACGUCGGAUUAGAGGACCACACUUUCUAUGCUACUCUCCUAGACGCUCUGCGCCCCGAUAUCACCAAACUUCCACCUGCGGACCUCGGCGCCCUUCUUCGCGCAUGCGCAAAGGUGAGGGCUCGGGAGUUGUGCUUCUUGCUACCAGCUUUUGCACAUCUCGAGUCCUUCGCUGCUUCUUUAAAGCCAACGGUGGCUGCGCAGGCCUUAGAAGCUGCAGGCGAUCUCGAUCUAAAGACUAACGCCUAUGAGGGGCUGUGGCGCCGAGUCUGUGGGGCGUUGCACCGAGGCCAGAUGCUGCAUGCUUCACUCCUGCCUGCUUCUCUUCUGCUCCUGGAAAGACCGCAACUGAUUCAGCACUUGCUGCGGGCGUGGACAGAAGCCCUUGUUUCCCGCAGAAGCACAAUGAACAAAUACGUCACUUGGCACAUUAUGAAGAAACACCGCUUUAUGCUUGCAGCAAAUGCUUCGGGCGUCCUCGGCCACACAGGCCUGCCCCUGCGACUUUGCAAGGCAAUGUACGAGCUAGAACACCGGGAGGGCUACCGAGUUGCGCCUUCCAGGCCGGAGAGCAGCAGCUUCCAUUUAGAAGUUGCUGCGGCUCUCGGAGACCUCGUGUUCAAACAGGAGGCGCAGGCGGGGCCUUUCUUGGUCGAUCUUCUCCUUCCUGGGCAAAUAGAGCACCGACCGUCCGGGCACGCAGAAAACAUGACUGCAAAAUCUUCCUCAAACGCGGCAUGCGGUAGCGGUGCUGCUGUUAUUGCUGCCGAAGGUAGCAUCAAUAGGGGAUUCUCCAACGCUGUUGCAGGGGAUAAGGAAAAGCCAAGUGGCUGCGAGAGCGCCAGCCAACCUGUACCGAAGCUCCAUACAAAGGAGCACACAGCCCUCCAGCCCUGGGAUCCCCGAAGACGAACUGAACGCGAGAUUUUAUUUUCAGUUGAGUAA